UGUGUAUGUAUGGAGAUGUGUUUUUAUGCAUAAAUGAACAUUGUCAAUAUUUUUACUUUACAAUCUAAUGGUAUUUAUACAGGACAUGGAUGUUAAUACAUUUUAUGGAAGGAAGUGGGAGGAUUUUGAGGUUCGGGCCAUUCCCACAGACAGCGAGGACAGUGAACUUGACAGUGACAGUGAGGAAACGGACCAGGAGGAAUGGAUCCCUGAGUCAGGAGAAAACCAGCCUCAAUACAGCGAGUCUGAGACAGAGGAAGAGCAAGGAGAUGAACAUGAAGAGGUGGCUGAAGUGCCUCACCUCCCGAGAUGGAGAAAACUCCACAACACUAACUACCACCUCCUGGACAUGAUCAUCAGCACCACCUGGCUGCUCUACCGAAGAGACUGUGAAGGCAGUGGUAUGAGGAAGAAAGAGGUAAUUAAGCUUUAUACUUUCAAGUCAUUUAUUGCAGAGGGCCUCUGCAAAAGUGGGAAGAGCCUGGAGAAGAAGAGAGGUCGUCACAGCCUGUCCAUUGCUGCCGCGUAUGAGGAGAAGAUGAAGAGAGGACCCACAGCUCCCAUUCCAGUCCCAGAUGUCCGCCUGGAUCAAACAGCUCACUGGCUCAUUAUGACCGGGGACAAGGGGAGAUGCAGGGUGCCACGGUGCAAUGGUACACCAAAAGCUAUGUGCCGCAAAUGUAAUGUCCACCUCUGCUUUACCCCCGAUCGCAACUGCUUCCUGAAGUUCCACACUGGAUAAACAAGACAGAUCCCUGAAUCACUUGUGUGAGAUCAGGGGUCAGUUGUGUGUUCGUGUGUGUGCGUUCAUGUGUGUGCAUGUGUAUGAAUGCAAGUGUAACUCCAUGUGAGUGGAUAAAGAACAUGUGCUUCCUGAUUAUUCUGUUUAAGAAAGUGCCUAAGUACCUGAAAUAGAUUUAUGAUGGUGUUUUUAU